UAACAUAAUUUUCCAUUUUUUAGCCUGAAGAAGGCACAAUAAAGUGCCGAAACGUCGUGAAAGAAUAGUUUCUUGUGUUUGUUCCUUGGACCGAUAUUUCCCAACUGUAAUUAUUAAUUGGAACGAGAUUUUCCUGUUCGUACCUAAUUUGGUCUAGAUUUGACAUGGGUUUCUACAGUGACAUAUUGAUUUUGUUUGGUUUGAAUGUGGUCAUACACUUCAAGAAAUGGGCCUCGGAUAACAGCAAAUUGGUGAGAGCUAUCAACAGCAGAAUUUUCCUUUUAAGAUGCAGAAAAAGUGGAGUAUUUCCCAAACAUAUUAUUAAUGAGACUCAAUGGCUUUCGGAUGUAAAGAAUAGUGUAAGGCUGUCGUUGUGUAACAUAAUCCAUAAUUUUUAUAGAAGAUUGGACACUUGUAAGAUCAGGGAUGGAUUGAGCAGGACAUUGUUGUUUUGGUAUGAUAAAACUAGGUUGUUCCUUAAGAACCAUUCUGAUAUUUAUGUGUUAAAUUCGGAUAAAGGUAAUAAGACGGUCAUCCUUUCAAGGGUGGAAUAUGAUGAAAAACUAAGGCAGUUAUUGUCUGACACAUCUACUUAUAAGUUGUUAAGAAGCGAUCCAACUAAAAAGAUACAGGUUAGUGGCAACAAGUUGAUAAGUGAAUUACAUACUGGUGGUUUUAUAAAUGAUAGAGAGGCCAAAAGCAUGAAACAGUAUAAUUCUUUACCACCUAAAAUAUAUGGUUUAGUUAAAAUACAUAAAAGUAACAGACCCUUGAGACCGGUUAUUUCUUGCUGUAACUCACCUACGUUCGAUAUUUCAAAAUUUUUAGUCAGUGUUUUGGAUGGAAUUAGAUAUUAG